AAUGCAAGUCCUGUGCAAUGAUGGACGAAGAACACGGAGGCCGCUUGUGCAUGCCGUCAGAUCGUUGAUUAGAAUAAAUUUAUUCGAUCAUAUCUAUUAACGGUGAACCCCUCCGUGUUUUGAUUGUUGUCUUAUUGGUAUUCGCGGGUGGUUUUAGUGACAAUUCUCUUAUAGUGAAAAUUUUGGCGCGCCGCUUUUCGUCAAUUUGACGGGAGUUUCUGAAGAAAUCUUAAUGGUAUAAGUCGACAAUAUGAAGGUUCAUUGAAUCAAGAAAUCAUUGUAGAAUAAGGAUCUAUCAAUUGUUAUUACUGUUAGCUCGUAGUAGGAUGAUUGUGCAACGUGAAAAGUAUAUACACGCCCGAGCCAUUGGCGUUCGCUAAGCGGGCACACUAGAAUACGCGAGACCAGUGCCGUAAACAUCGUGCGAGUAAAUACGCGCUCUGCGUCCUCCGUGUAUACGUGUUAACGUUACGCACAAUUUCUCGGUCUUCCGAGUUUUCAUUCGACGUAACGUUAUUCUUAUAAGACGUUCAAACUAUUCAUUUCGUUAAUAAUAAUUAAGUGAAGUAAUAUAAAUAUAAAAUUCAUCUGAAAUCACGAAGUAAGGGAGGUUAGAGUCUCGAAGAGAUACGGUAUCGAGACGGUGUUGGGAAUAUCGAAAGCGGCAAGUUUUUUUUUUUUUCUUCUCGUGGGUGCGAAGAAAUUUUCGAAUUUUUCGUCGGCAGAUAAGAAAGUGAUAAGAAGUCUAGGGGAGAAAACAAAAAAAUAUCACAAAAAGAAAAGAAAAAGUUUUUUUUUUUUUCUAUCUAUCUUUCUCUCUCUCUUUCUCUUUUCUCUCUCUCUCUCUCUCUCUCUUUUACUCUUACUCUCUCUAUCUAUCUAUCUCUCUCUGUCUUUCUCUCUCUUUAACAUAAAAGAAAGAUAAAACGAUUUUGGUGCCAUCGGGGGACGUUCGGUUGGCUCUGGGGGAAACAGUGUGUAUAGUCGCGCGGCAUGAGAAAAUGAUGUGAUCGACGGUCAUCAUGGCGGCACCCAUGUUAAAGUGGAAGCGGAUCACAAAUCCGACCGGGCCUCAGCCAAGACCCAGACAUGGGCAUAGGGCGGUAGCCAUUAAGGAUCUUAUGGUCGUUUUUGGCGGUGGAAACGAGGGUAUAGUAGACGAACUUCAUGUCUAUAACACAGCAACUAAUCAAUGGUUCGUACCAUUAACCAAAGGCGAUAUUCCACCUGGCUGUGCGGCCUAUGGAUUUGUGGUCGAUGGUACACGCAUAUUGGUUUUUGGUGGAAUGGUAGAAUAUGGCAAGUACUCUAAUGAACUCUAUGAGCUUCAAGCGAGUAGGUGGGAAUGGAAAAGAUUAAAACCAAAACCACCAAAACAUGAUCCUCCACCUUGUCCACGGUUAGGCCAUAGUUUUACUCUUAUUGGAAAUAGAGUCUUUUUAUUCGGAGGUUUGGCCAAUGAUAGCGAAGAUCCAAAAAAUAAUAUACCGAGAUAUUUAAAUGAUCUCUAUACAUUGGAACUUCUUCCAAAUGGAGCAACAGCAUGGGAUGUUCCACAAACCCAUGGUCAUGCACCUCCACCUCGAGAGUCGCACACAGGUGUUGCUUAUACAGAUCGUACAACAGGUAAAUCUUGCUUGGUGAUCUAUGGUGGUAUGAGUGGUUGUCGUUUGGGUGACCUAUGGUUUCUCGAUGUCGAUUCAAUGACAUGGAACAAGCCAGUAGUACAUGGACCUACGCCGCUACCACGUUCUCUCCAUACUGCUACUUUAAUCGGUCACAGAAUGUAUGUUUUCGGGGGAUGGGUGCCCCUUGUGGUAGAUGAUGUAAAAGUAGCAACACACGAGAAAGAAUGGAAAUGUACAAGUACAUUAGCAUGUUUAAAUUUAGAAACAUUAACGUGGGAGCAACUGACGGUAGAUUCUCUUGAGGAAAAUGUACCGCGUGCACGUGCCGGACAUUGCGCUGUUGGUGUGCACAGUAGAUUAUAUGUUUGGUCUGGGCGCGAUGGUUAUCGUAAAGCUUGGAACAACCAGGUUAGGGUUUGUUGUAAAGAUCUUUGGUAUCUUGAAGUGAACAAACCACCUGCACCUUCUCGCGUUCAACUGGUCAGGGCUUCCACUCAAACGUUGGAAGUUAGUUGGGCUGCUACUCCAUCUGCACAAUAUUAUAUUCUACAAAUUCAGAAAUAUGAUAUGCCACCUACUUCAACUGGAACAUUUCCAACAGUUAGCGCUCCUACUAGUGUACCAAUUACUACAUCUGCAGUUGUAACACCUGCAACUAUACCUGUAACAACUCCUCCCAUUACGACCGUUGCAUCUCUUCCAUCGACUCCAACUUCUGCUAGAUCGUCAUUACCUCAAGCUCCAGUAAGAGUGCAGUCGACUGUACAAAGUCCUGCCCAAAAAGUACCGCAAGUUACGCCAAAGGUAACGAAUCCUAUGACUCCAAGAGUAGCUGGAAAUCUCAUCAGAAUUCGAUCACCUAUGGCAACUUCGGUAGCUAGUACAACUACCGAACAAACAACUCCUAUCACAACUGUAACUGGUCAAACACCAACUGCUAUGUCAGGAAUUGCAGCAUUAGCAGCUGCUGCUGCUGCAACUCCAAAAAUAAGUAUGAAUAAUGUACCCGUAAUACCGCAAACUACCGCUAAUACUAUUAGGAUGAAGAAUGUUCAACCGGGUCAGCAAAUACGUUUUGCUGCGCCUGGAGCAACGGUACUACGUACUGCGUCGCCACAACAGAGUAAACAAAUAAUACUUCAGAAACCAGGUCAAAAUAUAUCUGGUCAACCCCAAAUUGUACACCUUCUUAAAACUGGCCAAGGUAUGGUAGCCACAGUGCCUAAAGUAAGUCUUAUUCCUGGGAAAACAGUUCAAGCGACUGGAACAAAACCACUUAAUCAAGGUCCUACAAUAUUGAGAUUAGUUAAUCCUAAUACCGUCGCAGGAUCAAAAAUAUUAACGACCAUGAAAACAUCCAGUAUAGUAGCAAUGAGUAAAGGACAAAAUAUAAGCGGGAAACAAACAAUAAUGAUUACGAAACCUGGUGGUAACGGUGGUUUAGUUGGAAGGACAAACCAAAUUAUUGUUGUUACGACAGGAUCUAGUUUAAGAGCUGUACAAGCUGUGACUACUUCACAGGCUGGCGCUGGUCAGACUGGUAGUUUAUCGACUCCUGUGAAUGUAUUACCUUUAUCGGCUACAAAUCAUGUAACAAAUCAACAAGGAGUCAAAAUGAUUGUUGUGUCUUCUGGAGCAAUGGGCGGGGCUACAGCCGGAAAACCAAUAACAAUAACAGUACCAGGACAGGGUGGUGUACCAAAGACCGUAACUAUUGCUACUAAAGGAAAUCCUCAAGCAAUAUUCAAUCCUGGAAAAAGUCAGAUAGUUACAGUGCCACAAAUUCAAAAGGCGUCUGAGACUGUUGCAGUUUCUGGAAAGCCUGUAACACUACAGAUGUCAGGAGGCAUAGGUGCAAAAACUGUUACUUUAAUGCCCACAAGUAGUUCAAUAGUCACUACGUCUAGUGCAUCCGAAACAAUAGACGCUAGUAAAAUGCUUUUCGUUCCAUCGCAAAAGCAACCAUCAGCUUCAUUAGCAUCUACUUCCGAUGGCCCAGCCACCACUGAUGCAGCUUUAGCUGCUCUUGCAGCAGAAGCAGGCUUAAUAGAUCCUGUUCAGGAACCGUCUGGUGGUUUAUCUUUCAUGGUAACCACGGAUGAUGUUACAGAAAGUGAUGGAAAAACAGAAGAUAGUUGUAAUGGUAAUGAAGCAACAACAGCAGCAGCUUUAGUUUCUCAAAUGACUGGUGGGGAAUCUAUGCAAGUUGACGGUGAAGGAAAUUUCGUUAUUCCGCAAGUCGAUGGUCCGUCAGAUAUUGUUUUAUCCGAGGACGAAAAUAAUAAAGCUGAUUUAGAGGAAGAACCUACGCCUGAGAGUCAGGACGAACAACCUGCUGCAGAUCCUCAAGAAAUGGAGCAAGAUGUUGGUUCUGCUGUUACAGAAAAUAUUUCAAUGGAAAUGUCUCCUGUUAAAGAAACAGAACCUUCUGCAGAAACAGCAUGUGAAACAUCUACUUCUGCUAUGGUUGACGAAGAAUUACCGAUAGAUUCGAAAGAAAAAAUAACUGAGGUACAAAUGGAAUCUACGGAAAGUACUAAUGAAACGGAUAUACCUAAUGAAAGUGAUAUACAAAUUAAUGCACCUUCCGAAGAAAUGCAAAUAAAGCAUGAUAUCGCUGCGGAACAACAACCUGUUAGAGAAAUUACACCAGAAGAAAGUGUAACUGCGACAUUAAUAGAACCAGUGGAUAACAAUAAAAGUGAACAAGAUACAAACAAUGAAUUAAAAAGUAUGACUUUCGAUUCGUAUUCAUCUGAGGAAAAGCCUUUAUCGUCUGAGCACAUAUCAGCUGAAGAUAAUAUUUUACAUCAAUCACAUAUCUCUCCAGACGAAAAUCAAGAAAUAGAAAAUGUUAAAAGUGAUAUAAAUGAAUCAGAAGGUGGAGAAAUUUUAAAAAAGACUUCUCCAAUAGAGAAUACGCCCGACGAAGAUGAACCUAUGCUUACAGAUAAUUCUUUACAAGAGACACAUGUAAAUGUUCAUGUUGUAACACCUGUUAUUCCAACAGAAUUACAAGUGAAAUUAGAGGAGUCUGAAGAAUCUAUGGAACGUGAUAAGACUCCUGAUGUAUCUGUAUCGAAUAUCAAUGGUAUAGCUUCCGUAUUGAAAGAAUCGGACGUUUCUCAGAAGCCAAUGACGCCAGUAAAAGUGGAAGUUAAAGAUGAGCAUAUUACAAAAAGGGAUAACGUAAAACAAGAAAAAGUACAUAGUAACAGAUCAGAGAGUGGAGAUGAUUCAACGGCAUUAACUACUUUAGCUACUGCUGCUUUGGGAUCGGCAGAACCACCUGUGAAAAUGAAAAACGAACAAAACGAAGAAGAAAAGAAAGAGGUAGAAUGGUAUGACGUAGGAGUGAUAAAGGGAACAAGUUUUACAGUACAGCAUUAUUAUCUUCCUGGAGAUGAGCCACUAGAUAUAACACAACCGUUAACAAUGGACGUUUUUAAAGGAAGAACGAAAAUACCUCUUGAACCUGGAACUGCUUACAAGUUUAGAGUUGCUGCUGUGAAUAGUUGUGGACAAAGUGCCUGGAGCGAGGUAUCUGCAUUCAAAACGUGUCUUCCGGGAUUUCCUGGUGCUCCAAGCGCCAUCAAAAUUUCAAAAUCUGCAGAGGGUGCUCAAAUAUCUUGGGAGCCACCACCUAGCAAUGUGGGACCCAUUUUAGAAUAUUCUGUUUAUCUGGCAGUUAGAAGUGCUAGUACAGCAUUAAAUAAUGAAGGAGAACCAAGAACGAUCGUGUCAACACCAAAUCAAUUAGCUUUCAUUAGAGUAUAUUGUGGUUCAAACAAUUCCUGUUCUGUGAAUAAUAGUUCUCUAAGUGCUGCUCAUGUGGAUACCACUACAAAACCGGCCAUAAUAUUUAGAAUAGCGGCAAGAAAUGACAAAGGAUACGGACCAGCGACACAAGUUAGGUGGUUGCAAGCAGAUCCAACUACCGCCGUGAAAAGUAAUCCGCAAGUAAAACGACCUGGUCCUGAUAUACGUUCACAAGCAAGUUCACCACAAAAGAAAGUGAAAUCAGACACAGCAGGCGAUAAUUUUUCGUGAGCCUGUCGUAUUUGACUUUUUAUAACUCAAACGAGAUGCUAUUCAUUAUUUCAAUUUCCGCUGAUACACACACGCCUAACAACGAUAAUGAAACGGUGUAUUGUUUGAGCGAACAACGUGAUAUAUGCGAAUAAAUAAAAGAAUUGAAUCUACGAUAAGAGGCAAUGAAAAAGAAGAAGAAUAAUAAAAAGAAGAAGAAGAAUAAUAAAAAGAAGAAGAAGAAAAAGAUGAAGAAGAAGAAGGUGUCCAUAAGUAGAAUGAUUGAGGUAUAACAUAAGAAUUCAAAAAGUAUUUUAAAUGUUCUAUAUAAAUACAAGGUCUUUCUGUACCACGAUUUUCACUCACCGUUUUCCUCCUAUUCUUUCGCAAAUAAGCGAAAAUAUUCUGUAAAGACAGUAUGAGUACCAUUAAUAAAUGACAAGAGGUAAUUAUUUUGAAGUUAAGCAAGUUUUUCCAUGUUUAUAGUAUUUCUAUAAAUGGUAAGACAUAUAGAGGAUAUUCACACUUGCAUCAAAAAACAACACAUUUUUCAACAAUUAUAAACUACUUUUAUCUAAACAUCAUUAUAUCAUUUUAAUUCAUUCUUAAACUAUAUAAUCAUUUCAUUUUAAAUCAAAUAUUUACUAAUUAUUUAACGCGAGUCAUUUUAAAGUUUUAACAAACAAAGAAACAAGAAAUGAUAAUAAAAAAACAAUAUCGUAGGAAUUACAAAAAAGGCUGAUGCAAGUGUUUAAAAAAAAAAAAAAAAAGAAAAAAGAAAAAAGACGAAGAAAAAAGAAUACAAAGGUUUUGAGAUUAUAACAAAAAUACAAUUUCACGUAAGAUAUCGGUGCUAUGCAUUGUCUUGGAUACUUUUGUUACUGCCAAAUAAUGAGAAAAGAAUAGAUUAUUCAGAAUGAAAAUGCAACACGUACUGAAUCAUCUCUCUCUCUAAAGAGUGUCUAAUUGUACAUUACUUAUAUGAUUUAUUAGUCUCCAGAACAUUUGAGAGACAAAUAUAUUUUGUAAAAAUAGAAAGUAAAGAAAAAAAUGUGUGUAAUAUCCACGUAUGUCUUAAGAAUUCGAUUUAAAGAUAUUAAUAUUUUAGUAAAACAGACAGUGUAGUCGCG